UACAUUUUUUUUGAGAAGAUUACGGAUUAUACAUCCUAUUUUCAUUUAUGCACUGAAAAUACAAAUCCCGGAAGUCAGAAAAGGGCAGUGCAAAAUGAUGGAAUAUGAGUCCAAAACGCCUGUUGCAUCCCCUGCAAAGCCAAAACAGACGUCUGGAUUUUUGAUGUCCAUAGUCAGAACUCUCUCCACCAGCGCCGACUUCCAACAGAGAGAAAGAGAAAAAGCAAGGAUUGAAAAGGCGUUUAAAGAGAGUGACAAGAAACUUGUGCAUCAAGUUAAAGAUAACUACCAGGAUCUAACAUCCAUUCUUACAUCAUUCAGUGGAAUCAGUGAUAAAGUCAAAGAAUCUCGUGAGAAAAUUAAGAAGAUAAAGGAAGAUUUGAGAAGCUGUAAAACGUUGUUGCAUUGUAAACGGGAUGAAUUACGUAGAUUGUGGAUCGAAGGUGUUGAGCAAAAAACCAUCGCUGCACUUCUUGAUCAGAUUGAGCAAGUGAAAGCUGUACCAGAUAAGUUAGAUAAUUUUCUAGCUAAGAAACAUUAUCUUCAUGCAACGGAUCUCAUCGUCAGUGCAGUGGCGAAAUUGGAGAGUAAUCUGUCUGGAGUUGAAGCUCUGAGAGACCUGAAGGUUGAAAUACUGGCAAGAAAGGAGAGAAUGCAUGAGAUUUUGAUAGAGGAAUUAAACAGGCAGAUAUAUACCGUGUCCUCACAGGCAUUGCUGGCAAGAACAGGGUCAGGUCGCCGUGGUGAUAUGUCACCAAGAGCCAUGCUGGAGUUUGGAUCAAACCAAAGGGGCAGUAACUUUAGUAUACCUACAAAUAUGUCAGAGAAUCUGAUGUCAGACCCCGAGGAGGACCCCCAAAAGUUCAUCUCAAUACUGAUAGAGUCGUUGUUUGUUCUAAGGAAGAUACCUGAGGCUGCGGAGGCCAUUAAGAUGAGGAUGCAUCCUGAGUUGAUUGCUAUAGUAGCUAGAGCCUCUAAUCAGGUUGCUGACAGUAUAGGGAACCAGGGAGAGAAUCUGAUGACACAGUACCAGCCGAGGCAGCUCCUAGAAUUGCUAGAGAUUAUCUUUGUGCAGUUUAGAUCUGUGGCGAACAUUCAUAAAGUCGUGCUUCAGAAUCUUCAUAGGAUCAUAAAAUCUGGUGUAUAUAUAAGGUCAGAGUACAUGUACACAAUGAAAGAUGUCUGGUCUAAAAUACAAGCUGUUUUACAACUGUUACUGAGCGAGUAUUUGGAUGUGAGGAAUACAGAGAAAUCUCGACAACAAGCACCCAGUAGUUUUGAUGAGCCCAAUAUGGAUAUAGGUGUAUACUUUGCAAAGAAAAGACCCCACAAACAGAAAAAGAUGUCAUUGUUCAGGUUUGAUGCAUCAAUUCAUGCCCUCAGUACAAACAGUUACGUAGAAGAUACUCGUCAGUUUGAUAGUGCAUUGUUUGAAACUGGAUCUGUACAUGUUGACUCACCAAAACAUGUGUUUGUGUGUAAACCUUCAGUUGAUAAUAUUAAAGCUGUAUUCAAACCAUUACAGUUAUUUAUCAAAGAGAUUGAAAGUGCUUCAGAACUUCCACAAGGAACAUCAAAAUUUGAUGAGUUUGUGACAGAUUUUAUAGAAAAGAUAUAUUUGGGGCAUAUACAUUUUGUUGUAUCGAACAAUAUAAAUCUUGCAACAAAAGCACCAAUUCGUCGGGAAUCGUUCUUUGAUUUGUUGGCAGACACUAACACGUCUGCGGAAAUCCUUCAGCCAGGUUUUGAUGCACUAAGGAAUGUCAUAGACCAUAAAACACAGAAGGAGCUUGGUGUUCCAAGACCAUUGCUACAGAGUACUGUAACAGUGGAUAAAAGUGUAUUAGAUUUGAAGGAGUUAAUGACAGAUUUACCCGACUAUGCGGACCAGUUCCUGAACAUGAUUUGUAACGUACUGCGAGGGUAUAGAGAUACCUGUCACUCUGCUUAUAGAGGUAUAGUACAGUAUGAUGCAGAUGAGAAGAGAGUUAUCAGUGCCAUGUGGGCCAAGGACGAGGACAUCAGUAGAUUCUUGAGGUCAUUGCCAAGUUGGAGAACCCUGCAGCCCACCGAUGGUCAUGAACUGAAUAGAACAGUAUGUUCGGAGGAGGAGAUGCGAGCCUUGAACUCUAAGGAGGCAGUCAUCCUAAUAACCAACCUGUCAUCAGAGGAGGCUUUCAUUCCACAGCAUGAGAUAAUCACAGAUGUCACUCAGAUGAGAACUGUAGCUAAUGUUCAUGAAAGUUUGGAAUGGUUUUCAACAAGAUUGAAGAAUUUCUCUGUGACUAAGACAACAAUAGCAACACAGUAUUUAAAUGUAGAAUCCCCAUUGUAUGAUGAUGCUCCAACAGUUUUACCUAAAACACUGGAAUCAUUGAAUAGUUUGGUGAAGGAUUUUCAAGAUCUAGCAGAGAUUUGUUUGCUACUUUUACACCUGGAAGUGAGAGUGCAUUGCUUUUAUUAUCUAAUGCCAGUGGCCAAACAGUCAAACUAUGCCGGUCCCAUCGAUGAUUUGGAUCCAGACUCUAAUGUGUUAAAGUUGAAUAAAGAUUUAUCGGGAAUGGAGGAAGUCUUGUCGCAGAGUCUUCAGCCGAAAAAAUUUAAGUAUAUAUUUGAAAGUCUUGGCUAUCUUGUGGCAUCUAUACUCAUGAACAGUAUGCAGUUUAUCAAGAAAAUCAACGAGAAUGGAAUCAAGAAAAUGUGUCGUAAUUUAUUUGCCAUACAGCAGAAUCUGACCAAUAUCACAAUGUCACGAGAGUCGGACCUUGAUCAUGCCAGGCAGUACUAUGAGUUGCUCUAUCUCAAUCCAGAUGAUAUUCUAACAGCAAUAGCGGAGAAGGGUCCACAAUUCACAUUUAGCGAGUACAGUCAGUUAUUACACUUACAUCAUCGCAGCCAUUUUACCACAGAUCAGCGGGUCGUAGAGUCCCAUAUCCAAAGGUUGAGGGAGGUCAUCGAGAAAGGUCAAAAUGAAACUGUCUAAACUUGUGUUAAUAUGAUAGAUGUUGAGGUGUGUUUUUUUAAGACUUUGACAUUGAUAAUAGAAAAUGCUGAAAGAUUGAAUAUGUUGAAUUUGAUAGAAACUGUCAAUAUGAUCAUGUUUUAAAUUUAUGUUUUUGAGGAUCAUGUUUGUGGUAUUGUAAGGAAAAAACUGGUAACCGUGAACAUUUGUGUUUAUGAUAAUUUUGAGCACUCUUCGAAAUGUACUUUAAUAUGAUUUUUUUAUGCCACCGCAAUCUGCGAUACGGUGGCAUAUAGCGAUUCACCUGUGUGUGUGUUUGUGUGUGUGUGUGUUAUAUAGAUUAUAUAGUGAACUUAAAACAUCUUCUUGUGAAAAACUACUAGUCCAAUUUCAACCAAACUUGGCAGGAUUGUUCCUUGGGUGAAGGGCUUCCAAAGUUGUUCAAAGAAUUUCAGUCCAUGCAGAAAUCUGGUUGCCAUGGCAACCAAAAGGAAUUAAAAGAAUAAAUUAAAAAAAUCUUCUUGUAAAGACCCAAAAGGCCUAGAGCUUAGAUAUUUUGCAUAAGGCAUUGUCUGGUAGACCUCUAACAAGAUUGUUCAAAUUAUAGCCCUGGGGUCAAAAUUGGCCCCGCCCCAGGGUCAUUGAUUUUCACUAUGUACAUAAUAGAAACUUUAACUUUAAAUACAUUCUUGUAAAAACCCAAAAGGCCUAGACAUUAGAUAUAUUGCAUAAGGCAUCAUCUGGUAGACCCUUACUAAGAUUGUUCAAAUUAUAGCCCUUGGGUCAAAAUCGGCUCCGCCCUGGGGUCAUUUAUUUUCGCUACAUGUACAUAUAGUAAAAACUUAAAACACCUUCUUGUAAAGACCCAAAAGGUCUAGAGCUUAGAUAUUUUGCAUAAGGCAUUAUCUGGUAGACCUCUACCAAGAUUGUUCAAAUUAUAGCCCUGGGGUCAAAAUCGGCUCGCCCCAGUCAUUGGUUUUCCUUUUAUGUAUAUAGUAAAAACUUUAAAAAAUUCUUCUAGCAAUUGACAAAUGUUAGAGGUUAGCUAUCUUGCAUGAAACAUUGUGUUGUAAACCUCUAGCAAGAUUGUUCAAAUUAUAGCCCUGGGGUCAAAAUUGCCCCCGCCCUGGGGAUCAUUGAUUUCAAUAUAUACAUAUAGUAAAAAAUUCAAAAAAUCUUAUUGUCUGAAGGUACAAGGCUUAUAGCUUUAAUAUUUGUUAAAUAAUAUCAUCUAAAGGUACUCUACCAAAGUUGUUAAAAUUUUGCCUCUUGUGUCAAAAUUAGCCCCGCCCCUGGGAGCCAUAGGUUUAUUUUAUGUGUAUAUAGUUAGAACUUAAAAAAUCAUCUUCUCUAAAUUUACAAAAGAUAGAGUUAAGAUAUUUUGCAUGAAACAUUGUGUAGUGAACCUCUAGCAAGAUUGUUCAAAUUAUAGCCCUGGGGUCAAAAUUGUUUCCGCCCCGGGGGUCAUUGAUUUUCAUUAUGUACAUAUAGUAAAAAAAAUAUAUUUUUGUCUAAAGGUUCAAGGCAUAGAGCUUUGAUUUUUGAUAUAUAAUAUCAUCUAUAGGUCCUCUACCAAAGUUGUUCAAAUGUCAAAAAUUGGCACUGUUUGGGGGCAGUGAUUCUCAUUAUGUACACAUGUUAAAAACAGAAAAUAAAACAAAUAUUUUCUGAAUGGGAGAAAGCUAUAGCUUAAAUAUUUGACUUGAAAUGUUGUUUGGUGGACCUGUAUCAAGAUUGUUAUUAAACCCUUUGGUCAAAAUUAUGCCUUGCCCAAGGAGACAGUGACCUACUUUCUUGUCCUUUGAUGUAGUCAGCAAUGAAAUUUUGACCAUGUGCACAGUUUUAGUUAUAAAAUUGAACUUUGACCUAGAUUUUGAUGAUGUGACCUACUUACUUGUCCUUUGAUGCACAGCUAUGAAAUUUGAACCAUGUGGUGGCAUAGCAUUUUUCUCAAAUGCAAUCUUGUUUCCUUUUUGUUUGUUUUAAAAUCACAACAACAUGUUGAGUCAUAUGGUGUCUUUUGAGCUAUACUGGUUGCGGACGACCACAGGUGCCCCUUUGUGCAUUAUUUCAGAUAAAAGCGGGAAUCUGAGUAGAACCACCGACCUUCCAUAAGCUUAUAAUGUGUAUAUGAACCUCUUUGCUGAAACAUUGUCAAAUGUUUUGUUACUCUGUGCAAUAUAUUGUUUUGAAACAAAUUUGUUAAACAUUAAUAUCAUGUAUUUUAUUGUAUUUUUUAAGUGCUUGCCUAUUUAUGCUAUUAAUGUAUUCAAAGAUGAUUAUUAAAUAUUAAAACAUGCUUAAAACUUC